AUGGACUUUACGUCCAAAUCAUCGACCAAAGACACGGCGGGCGGGAGCUCGGAGACCGCCUCCACCGGCUAUUUUGCUGAAACUGAAAUGAAUGCCGAGCAGGAAAAUUUUCUAUACGAGCUGGAGACUACGGAUUCGGGGAGCCUGGGGAUUGUUUUGAGAGCUAUUUAUGAUUGCGGGGAUGUUAAGAAAUUUUCUCGAGCCCUCGAUCAUCGUAUCCAUAUUUAUGAUCGGAGUAUACAAAAUGUGUGUUCUCAUCACUACCAAAACUUUGUGACUGCUAUGCGAAAAAUGAUGACACUUCAGGAGAAGAGUGCAGAAAUUAAAAAUGAUUUUGCGCAAAUUGACUGCAAAAUCCAAGAGGCCAGCAAGGAUUUGGCAGAAAAGAGUGCGACUGUCGUGAAAUAUCGGAAGUUGACAAAGAAUGCUUCAACGGCUAUUGAUCAGAUUUCCCUUUGCCUACCAGCAUUGGAAAACUACGCCAAACUGCAGGGGCUGAUGGAGCAGAAAAAAUAUUACCAAGCCCUGAAAGUGCUCGAGGAAUUGGAGCACACCCACCUGGCACUAGUGGAAAAGUAUCGAUUCACACAGCUUUUCGCCAAAAGCUUGGCCCCGAUCCGGGAGCAGAUCAAGCAGAAGGCGUACAGCGAAUUCAAAGACUUUCUCGAAAAUAUUAAGAAGGUGGCGAAGAGGAUCGGAAGGCAUGCUAGUCAAUGUACCUCGGAGCAGCACUCCUUUGGGACCACAGAUGCCGAACGUACCAAGCUUUUGCAGGAAGAUACCAAGAAGAAAUCGGCAGAUUAUCAGGUUAUCGUAUCGGCAGAUGGUAGCUUGGUCAAAAGGAAGGUAGAAAAAUCUGGAAAAGCGACAAAGUCUGAACAAGCAGAGGAAGACGAAAAGCUCUCCGCUCAAGAUUUGAUCGAUUUUACCCCCGUGCAUCGCUGUUGCCAGAUUUUUAACGUCCUGGGAGCAAAGGAGGAGUUCGAAAAAUACUACCGCGAGCAAAGAACCGAACAAUGCAAGCUCGUCAGUCAGCAGGCUACCAAGAAAACAACCUUGCGCCAUUACGUCGAUUACCUAGACGAAAUCAUUGGCUUUUUCGUUGUGGAAGACCGGAUUCUGGAUACGGAGCCUUCUCUAGGAACCUCUGCUCAUAAAGAGGCUCUUUGGGAGGAUUCACUGAAGAAAGUAAUCGCCACAAUGAACACCGAUUUCGGAAUGUCGCUCGAUGUCGAGAUGAUGUUGCGCAUGAAGAAGGUUAUUCUUCUCUUUGCCCUGACUAUGAAGUCUUAUGGCUACACCAUUGGGCCGCUAUACAGUUUGCUGCAGAAUUUCCGCGAUCAGUACAGUGCCGUACUUCUUAAGACCUAUCAGGAUCAAUUCAAUCGCGAUUUGGACAUGGACAACUACAGCCCUAUCUUGGUGAACGAUAGAGACGAAUUUAAGCAAAUCAUCCGGCAAUUUCCGUUUUAUCGAAAGAGCAUGGAACAGGAGCCUUUCCCGAGAAAAUUCCCAUUUUCUCGGUUUGUCAUUUCAACAUAUGGCCAUGCCAAAUCGUACCUCAACGCCAUUUUCAAAUUCAUGGAGCACCUCCAGCUGAAACACUCGGAGAUUGACGACACGAUGAGACGCCAUGCGAACAUCCUCAUCAAGCGCUGGAGCGAGAUCCUGAAGCAGUACGUGUCGGUGAAGCGGAAUUUGGUCCAGCUAAUCCAAAUCACCAUCAACAUUGGGUACCUGGAAAAGGGAUGUGAGAGCCUCGGGAGCUUCAUCACGAAACUGGCUAGUGGUGGGGAUUCUGCGAUGACAGCCGGGUAUCAGGUGCCCCUCUUCGAAGGAGACUUUCGAGAUGCCCGUUCCGAAGUUGAGCAGAGUAUUGAAAUCAGUUUGGCGCGAAAAGUGGACGAUCUAUUGGAGCCGGCUUGUUACGAUUGGGAAUUGCCCUCAUCCUCCGGCCACGCUUCCGAUUUCAUUCAAUCCACAAUCGCUUUUCUGUCGACCACCUUCAUCUCGUUUUCCGAGAUUCCAGGAGCCCUAGCACGACAUGUCUGCACACAGACUUGUAAACACAUAGCACAACGACUUUCCGGGAUGCUACUAUCCCCUGACGUUAAGGCGCUGAGUCCAGGCGCCCUCGAACAGUUCUCCCUCGACGUCAUGCAAUGUGAACUGUUUGCCGCUACGCAAAAUAACAUUUCCGGGCUUGACAGUACCACCUUGCCACUAACUUUUGCGCACCUACGACAACUCCUCGAGCUCGUCACCCAAUCCGAUUGGACGACGUACAUUGCUGAAAUCGGCAAAAGUGACGCGAAAUAUAAUCGGGUCCAACCUUCAGCUGCCGUGCUGAUCAUGGAAAAAAUGAUCGAGUUCGAGAAGAAGAGCGCUGGCUUUUUCGCCGUCAACAAGGGAGACAGAAGAAAGCUGUACGACACAAUCCUAAAACAAUUGCGGGCUAUCGCUUCCGGUCAU